CGGGCGGAAGAACAACGGUGCGACACCUCCCCUCCGUUCCCCCGCCCAGUCCCCGUUCCCCGUCCCGCUCCCGUCGCCGUCCCGGUCCGCGUCCCCGUCCCGAUCCAUGUCGCGGGCGGGGAGCAAUGGCUAUGCCGCGCUGGAGCGGGCCGGGGCGGAGACGGUGAAGCGGGCGGUGCAGCUGGACGUGGCUUGCCGGUUCCAGGAGUCGCUGGUGUGUUACCAGGAGGGCAUCGACCUCCUGCUGCAGGUGGUGAAAGCCACGACAGAUGAGGCGAAAAAGCACCGCUACCGGCAGAAGAUAUCGGAGUACAUGACCAGAGCCGAGGACAUUAAAAAACACAUUGAGAAAGAGAAACAAGAUGGCAAAUACCACAAGCAAAUCAGGAUAGAAGAAAAUGCAACAGGUUUUGGUUAUGAAAAGCUUUUCCAUGAGUACCUCACUGAGAUUGUUUCUGAAGUUUGGGUGGAGGACCCGUACAUCCGGCAGGUUCAUCAGUUGUAUAACUUUCUACGAUUCUGCGAGAUGCUAGUUAAGGGGCCGUGCAGGGUGAAAACAAUCCACCUCCUCACUUCCUAUGAUGAGGGUGGUGGGAGGAGUCAACAGAUGAAUGCCUUGGAAGAAAUAAAACAGUCAUUGAGUAAUUAUGGAGUAACACUGAACAUUGACUUUUCCUCUUCAAUACAUGAUCGAGAAAUCAGAUUCAACAAUGGGUGGAUGAUUAAGAUUGGAAGGGGUCUUGAUUAUUUUAAGAAACCACAGGGUCGUUUCAGCAUUGGAUACUGUGACUUUGACUUGAGACCUUGUCAUGAAACAACAGUGGAUGUCUUUCACACUAAGCACACAAAGAAAAUGUGAUCAGAAAUGACUGGUUUUAAUAAGUGUUUUCAUAAGCAUAAAAAUGUAAGACUGAAAGAUGUUGCUUGAGUUCCAGCUGGUUACCCACUGAAGCAACUCUUCUAAGUACUUAGCGCAGCACAGCUUUUAUAAUUGUCACGUUUAAGAAUAUUUGAGAUUUUCCAGUCUGAGAAAACAAAACUGCGUGAUUCCUUCAUUGUACUUCUUCUGUAAUUUAAUUAAUACAGUUCAUGUCUAAAUUUUAUCUUGAUUUCAUAGCAGACCCUCAAUAAUAUCUUUCAAAAGCCUCUUUACUGCAAUUUCUGUUUUAACUGUUGAUUUUGUCUUGAGCCUGUUUUGGAUUUUAUAUCUUUAACUGACCACCUCACAAUCAUUGGAAGCUGGGCUACCACAUGUCUUCUUUUAUAAGCAGUCUUAUUUAUUUCCUUUAAUUCCUGUAUUCUAGUCAUGACUACUAUUUUGCUGGGGGUUUGUUAAUCCUGUAAUACUGUAUUUCCCAGACUUUACUAGUAAUCCCAAAUUUCACAUUCCAUUUUCCAAGCUCUUUGCCUACAAACGUGGUAGUGUUCAGUACAGUCAGUUUAGGAUUGUCUUAUGUGUCUCUGCAUAAUGGAUUUUGGACAGGGGAGUGUUGCAAACAGCUAUUCUCUUCCCUGUGACUCCCACGUGUUCUUUUAUUCUAAGAUACAUGGCCAUAUACCUGAUACCCAUCCUUUGCAUUAAGUGUGGAAAGGAUGUGUGAUCCUCUCCCAGUCUUACCCUCUGACUUUAAAGUCCAAUGACUGGCUUUUCAUGCCACUCUUAACUGCAGUAAGCUAUUUCACUACUACUAAGGUAGUCCCCUAAAAAGAGUAAAUUUUUGUUUUUAUCAGAAGUUGGAUACCCUGAGUAUCUCAGUUGGUGAGAACAUGGUGUGAAUAAUGCCAAGGUCAUGUGUUUUAUCCCUGUAAGGUGUAAGGGCCAUUCACUUAAGAGCUGGACUUGAUCCUUGUGGGUCCCUUGCAACUCAAAAGAUUCUGCAAUUCUAAGCAAUAUGCUAUUUAGAAUAAAGACAAAGUCUUCCUUGUCAUUCCUUCAGCCUUUGGAAACCAGAAGGUAUUACCAGAGGUACUGAUUGAUAUUUUUUUCCUUAUACAAGAGUUCUUUUGUUAGCAAGAAUCUGCCUAAGUCAUACAAUCUGACAUAAAAAACAGGCAGUGGCCUCUUUUUCAGGUCCCAUCAAAAUCUUUUCAGCCUCACGACUGGUAUGUGCCUUACACCUUCUGCCUUGUAAUACAGUAGGCCUCUAUAUUCUAGUAGCAUGUUUAUUGCUAGAACUUUUUUUGUUUCUUUUUCCUGAUGGUGAGUGUAUUCAAUUUUUUUUCCUUAAUGUGCUUUAUUAUUUCAUUUUCUGUCAUCUAAUGCUGCUGUUCUUUUCCUCUUGCUUGUAACAACAAAUCUACUCCACAGCAAUCAAUAAGAAAUGGAGCUGGUCUUUGCCUUGUUUUCUGGGUCACAAUUUGCCAGUGGUCUGCCUUCUUUUUCCUUUCUCAUAAUAAUAUUUCAGCUUUGCAGUGUGUUGCAUCAGGAAAAUGAAUAAUAUAUGUGCCACAGACCUGUGUGCUAUUAGUCAUUCCCCCAAACAUUCCAUAGGACCUCCCUGGCUUGCUGCUGUGACAUGAAGUUUCUAGUUGCUUGUGAAUUUUAUUCAGUUGUGUAUAAUAUAUGCCUAUUUUUAAUGGGAAUAAAGGUUAUUUUUUAUUAUUUGUAGCUUCAG